GUCAGGCUUCGGGACUGUGUGGGACGUAGCUUUCCGGGACUUGUGUGGGACAGACAUCUGCGGGACUGUUUGACAAAGACCGAGGCGGACAGCCAUGAUGGUGCGGACUCAGGCACGAGUGUUUGAGGACGCCGGGGAGGAUGAGAACCGCAAGGCGCAGAAGAAGUGCUGCGUGUACAAGUACAUCCGCGUGGGACAUAAUCUUGGCGAGAGGUUCCCCAGGAAUCGCAUGUUGAAAUGCGUUUUUUGCGGCCACGAAUUUCAGGGCAACCAAUUCGUGGCGGGGCGCCAUUUCUGGCAGGGUAAGGGAUGUCUGGCAGUGACCGACGAGGCACUUGUCGACAUAGACUACAACACCGACUACAAGCUGGACGGGAAGAUCCUUGAGCGAAUGCGUCGGUUUGAGGAGCUUCACGGUCCAGAGCCUGCGAUGGAUCCGCAUCGGGACGAGCGAGGGGUGAGACAGGUGAGGGAUGACGAGGACGUGAUCGACGUGGACAACGUCGUAGAGGAGGGGGCUCGGGCGGGGCCGUCAGAGAGGGACCGAGGGAAGGGCGUUGUCAGCGAGCCGGGGGGGCAGCAAGGCCAAUACUUUAAGGAUUCACACGUGUCUGCUCAUGCACAAGCGCAUGUGAGUGCGGACGAGGCGGGACCGUCUAAGGGGAAGAAAAAGGACAGAGAGGAGGAGACGCGACCGGGAGUGCAGAAGAGGCUUAGACAAAAUACGAACAGGGAGUCGUAUUGUUCAUAGUGGCCAAGGGAGUUCAAGAAGAAGUGGCUGAGGUUUGUCUACAGUCAACGUCUGGCGUCCAACAUCUUCCGGAGCGAGCCGUGGUUGGACGUCG